ACAAGUGCAUCAGCUGAGGAGCAGAGCAAAGUCAAACCCCAGGAGGAAACAGCUGCGCGCAGACGCAGGAGGAAAGACGCACGGAGAAGCUUUUAAGUGUUGGACCGCAAAACAAGGAGACGCAACGAGAAGAGCUGCAGUGCAAUUAGACUGUACACACUAUUUGGGAUCGAGGAGACUGAAACGCGUCUGGAGAAGAUGGCAGGAGAUGGACCCAACAGAUAACUGGGGAACAUUGAAGUCUUCUGUCUGCACAUCAAGGCGAAAAAAACUCUUCAAUUGUGACUCCAACUUUUAGAAAAACAGUCCCUUUUUUUUAAAUUUUUUUUUUAAUUUUUUACAAAACUAAGCAAUAAAGCACCGAAACGUGAACAAUGGCGUCCUACAGCGCCGCCCCAACACAAGAGGAGAACAAUGGUGGCCCCGCAUCUGCAAAGUCUGAGGGCCCACGGGAGUCCAUGAAGCUGAAGAAGGAGAUCUCCCUCCUGAACGGGGUCUGCCUCAUCGUGGGGAACAUGAUCGGCUCGGGGAUCUUCGUCUCACCCAAGGGCGUCCUCAUCCACAGCGCCUCUUACGGCCUCUCUCUGGUGGUGUGGACCGUCGGGGGGAUCUUCUCCGUGUUCGGGGCCCUGUGCUACGCCGAGCUGGGACCACCAUCACCAAGUUCGGGGGCCUCCUACGCCUACAUCCUGGAGGCCUUCGGGGGUUUCAUGGCCUUCAUUCGCUUAUGGACGUCGCUGCUGAUCAUCGAGCCGACCAGCCAGGCCAUCAUAGCCAUCACGUUCUCUAACUACAUGGUGCAGCCCGUCUUCCCCACCUGUAUCGCUCCAUACGCCGCCAACAGGCUGCUGGCUGCUGGUUGCAUAUGUUUGCUGACCUUCGUGAACUGCGCCUAUGUAAAGUGGGGCACCAGGGUCCAGGACUUCUUCACCUACGCCAAAGUCAUCGCUCUCAUCGCCGUCAUCAUCACCGGCCUGGUGAAGAUCGGACAAGGUCACACGCAGAACUUUGACGGCCUGUUUGAAGGCUCAUCUCAGGACCCGGGACACAUUGCUCUGGCUCUGUACGCUGCUCUGUUUUCCUACUCGGGAUGGGACACCCUCAACUUUGUCACGGAGGAGAUCAAGAACCCAGAGAGGAAUCUGCCGCUGGCCAUCGCCAUCUCCAUGCCCAUCGUCACCGUGAUCUACAUUCUGACCAACGUGGCGUACUACGCCAUCCCCAUGAAUGCAAUCUUAGACAGCGACGCUGUGGCUGUGACGUUUGCAGACCAGGUGUUUGGUGUCAUGAACUGGACCAUCCCCUUAGCUGUGGCUCUCUCCUGCUUCGGAGGACUCAACGCCUCCAUCCUGGCUUCCUCCAGGUUGUUCUUCGUGGGCUCCAGAGAGGGACACCUGCCCGACUACCUGUGCAUGAUCCACGUCCACCGCUACACGCCCGUCCCCGCCCUGCUGUUCAACGGCAUCAUGGCUCUGAUCUACCUGUGUGUAGAGGACGUCUUCAGGCUGAUCAACUACUACAGCUUCAGCUACUGGUUCUUUGUCGGUCUGUCCAUUUUGGGGCAACUGUAUCUGCGCUGGAAGCCGGACAGAAAGAGGCCACUAAAGCUCAGUCUCUUCUUCCCCAUCAUCUUCUGUGUGCUCUCGGUCUUCCUGGUGGUGGUGCCGCUCUACAGCGACACCAUCAACUCCCUGAUCGGCAUCGGCAUCGCUCUGUCGGGAGUGCCCGUCUACUUCCUCUGCAUCUACACGCCGGCCCGAAAGAGGCCACAGCGGCUACGCAGCCUCAUUGCUAAAUCCGGCGUGCUGAUUCAGAAGGUGUGCUUCUCCGUCCUGACUGAAAUGGACAAGGAAGAGUAGAUGCUUGGUUUCAACACCUAGCACCAGCAAGCCUCAACAAGGCCUCGCUGGACGAAACAUUUGUGCUUGAGCUGGACACAGCGCUCCGACCUGUCAAUCAUCACCCGGCGAUCGUGUUUAAUGAAUGAUGGCGCCCGGGUGCUUCCUGGCGAGACUUCACUCUCACCGAAGAGAACAUUUUUAAUGCACUCCUGAAGAAAUCGACACCUCUUUCUAUCACAGAACUGUACGUAUUAGUAGAGAAUUAUUUAAUUGAUAUAUCAAGACGAGUACUUUGUGUGAAAUGACAUACGUGCACCACCUUUCUUGAUUUUACUGUAGGUUGCAAAUGAUUAUACAAGAGUUGCCGACCAUAGAAACACCCUUGAUAUUUGUAUUUUCACGAAGAAAAUCAAGCAGUGACAGAUUAGAAUACAUUUUAUUUUAUAAUAUAUUCCCACGUUCACUAAUGUGGAGGAAAGGGUUCAUAAAAAGUUUUAUAGUCAGCCGCGAGGUCUCGUGAAGGGCUAUUUCCUGCAGCUUCGGACUCAAACACGGGCUGUGAAAUGUAAAAGACUGAGACGGUUGAGCUGAAAACAUGUAUUUAUAAUAAAAAAAUACUUAACAAAUGUA